AUGGGAGGCCACCCCACCCCUGGGCUCCAGAGAACCACCUCAGCUGGGUCCCCACAGCCCUUGACCAGGCUGCCAGCCUUAAUCUCCUCCAUGGCCCGGGGCGGCCCUGUGGUGGGCAGGGGCCUUGCUAGAGGCCACCAGGCCACCCAGGCCCUGAAGGCCGCAUGGUCCCGGGGAGCUGCAGGUGCACAGCAGGACCAGCUGUGGAGGGAGCUCCUGGAGGCCGAGAGGAGGAGCCAGCGGCGCUGGGCUCAGAACUGGAGUUUCCUGAAAGACUAUGACCCCCGGGGCAGCACGAAGGAGCCCGUAAAGUUGCCAGAGUAUGUGCCUCUCUUCUCUGACAGCCCCGGUUCCACGAACCAGGCUGUCGGCAGCAGCAUGGACAUGCCCCUGGGGAAAACCCUCAUUGGCCUGGCCUUCUUCUUCGUAGAAGGACUUCGGAAGAAGAAGCUGGAAGACGAGCUGCAGCCGGUCUAG